AUGAACGAGAAACUAGUUAUGGAACUCACUGAUAAAGUUUCAACGGAUGUUGGAACUCAAACUGAGAGUGCUGAGGGAGAGUUACGAAAGGGCGGUGGUGUGGCCAUAUAUUCAAGAUGUGGAUUUUUGACCUCUGAAUUCAGCUUAGCAGAGGUUUGCGAGUCAGACUUUGAGGCAGCGGCUGUGACUGUGGAGGGUGAUUUUCUAAUAGUCUGUAUUUAUAGAUCCCCUGACAGCUCAAUGGAUACAUUUGUUGACAGCAACUCAAGCUCAAAGCAGGAGUUGAUGUCAGUCUUCUGUGCCUAUGGUCUUCAGGAUGUGAUUGGGGAGCCUACUCGGGUUACAGCUCACUCUUCCACUCUGUUGGAUAAUGGUUUCAUCAGUGUCAAAUAUAUUGAUGCUGUAUUGUCAAGAGUGAUUAGCUUGUCUCUGUCCGAUCACUUUGCUCAGGAGAUAGUUGUUCCUUUACCUCUGCAUCAGGUGAAAUCUCUCAAGGCUGUAAUGAAACGAUCUUUCUCUGAUCAAAACAAGUUGAAAUUCUCUCACUACUUAGGUCAAUGUGACUGGUCACCUAUAUAUCUGAAUGAGAUUCACCACGAGGCUCAGACUGAUUACUUUGUCCAGAUGUUUGUUCAGGGUUUUGAAAUGGCCUUUCCUUUGAGAAAGUUAGGAAUCCCCAGAAAUACUUCAAAGAUCCCCUGGUCAAAUCCUUACUUGAAGGAUCUCUGUAACAGGAAGCGAGACCUGGAACUGUUUAUGAAGGCUUAUCCUCAAAAUACUCUGUUUCGUGAGUUGUUCAAAAAGAUAUCCUCUGACAUCAAACUGCUGAUCCAUUCUCUCAAGACUGAAUAUUCCAAGAGACUGAUAGCUUCUGCUGACAACAAAUCUAAGGCUGUAUGGAAUCUAAUCAGGAAGGAAACUCCCAUCAGGGUGAGUACUGAGUAUCCAAUUUUGAUUGAUGGCCUCCCAGUAGGAUCACUUUGUGAAGUUGCUGAAGUAUUCAAUGACUACUUUGCUGGGGUGGUUUCAUCGAAUAAUAGGCUCAGUUUGGGGGUUUUUGACGGUCCUUCUUUUUGUGAUUUACUUGUAAAUUCUAACCCUGGUAAUGCUGCUGUCUCUGAGAUGCCAACUUGGUCUGAGCAAGAGGUUGUAUCUAUUGCUAAGAAGCUAAAAAUGAAAAUGUCCAGUGGGUCUGAUGGAAUUCCUUCAAAAAUACUACAUGAGUUUUUCCAUUGUGUCAGUGGUCCUGUCACUCAGCUUCUGAACAGAUCAUGUGCUUCUGGGUCAUUCCCCGCCUGCUUCAAGGUAUCUAAGCUAAAGCCAAUUUUCAAAAAAGGCUCUCGGAAGGAAGUGGAUAAAUACCGACCUAUAGCUAACUUGACCUCUUUGUCCAAGGUAUGGGAGAGAGCAAUAUAUGACCCCUUGCUGGCUCACUUCCUGAAUAACAAUCUUUUAAGUGAGUGUCAAUAUGGUUUUAGAGCUGGAAUGUCAACCGUAGAUGCAUUGGAGAGUUUCAUCAGUGAUAUCUAUUCAUCAUUGGAUCAGGGUGUUAAGGUCUUGGGGUUUUUCGUUGAUAUGAAGAAGGCAUUUGACAGCCUGAACCACAGCAUUCUCCUAAGGAAGCUUCAUUACUAUGGAAUCAGAGGUAAUUUCUUGUCGGUGAUUGAGUCUUAUCUUAGUAACAGAAACCAGAUGGUUGAAAUAGAGGGCGAUAAUGGUGUUGUCAUUAAUGAUAAAUUCAGGUCUGAACUUCGUCCUGUUGGGAGAGGGGUCCCACAGGGAUCAAUUUUGGGCCCCCUUCUGUUUCUGAUUUACAUUAAUGACCUCCCUGCAAAUGUACAUCAUGCCAAAUCAGUUCUCUUUGCUGAUGAUUCAAAUUUCCUAAUAACAGCUAGGAAUAGUGAUGAACUUCAGCUGACCGCAGACUCUGUGCUUAGUGAGGUGGCUCAGUGGUGCAAGGCAAACUUGUUGGAGGUAAACAUUAAGAAAACCUCAUUUAUUGAAUUCCAGAUACAGCGAUCACAGCUGGGCUCUUUCCAGUUUGAUAUUGAUGGUGAGGAGGUUCAGCCCUCUACCUCGGCAGGGUUCCUGGGAGUGACUGUCGACCGGAAUUUGGCAUGGUCAGUUCAUGUGGAAUCACUGAUAAAAAAACUCAAUUCAGCAGCCUUCAUUAUCUCAAGAUUAUCUGGGGUUCUGGCAAGAGAUGCUGUGAUUGCUGCCUACCAUGGGUAUUUUGAGUCACUACUCUCAUAUGGCAUACUGCUUUGGGGUGCUUCAAGAGAUGCACUGAUGGUUUUCAAAGCCCAGAAGAGAACUGUUAGGAUCAUGUUUGGGAAGCCCCAUAGAUUUUCUUUAGUGCAAGAAGCCAAUUUCUUUGUGGGCUAUGAAGUGGACGCUGAAGCGAUGCGCCUGAGCUGUGAUAAGUGCGGCAAGCGAUUUAAGCGCCCGUCAGCAAAAAAAGAACACAGGAUGGCUUGCGGGGAGGAGCCGCAGUUCUCCUGUCCCUUCUGUACGCAUCGGGCCACCCGGCAUCGAAAUUUGCGCUUACACAUUGCUAUGAAACAUCGGCAACAAUAUCGGAAAUAA